AAACUGGCAACAGCUGGACCUUGAAGCGAUUCUGUGCUCCACACGUUACCCGGAGCGAGCAAAAAAAUGUCUCAAUUUUCUCUCUCCACUGUCUCCCUUCCUCCUCCGUCGUCGUCGUCGUCGACGUCAUCUGCUCUGCAGGUUUGCAACCAGAGAAUCUUUUUUCGCUCUUUCGGAGUUCAAGAUUGUUAUCGUUUUUCUUCUUCGUCUUCGUGUUCGAAGCCGAAAGUAGUGGUCACCAGAGAACGAGGGAAGAACGGCAAGCUCAUCAAUGCUUUGGCCAAACAUGGGAUCAACUGUUUGGAGCUUCCCCUCAUUCAGCACAUGAAGUUGCCUGAUUUGGAUAGGCUUUGUUCAGUGUUAAGUGACACUGCAUUUGACUGGAUCAUCAUAACUUCACCUGAAGCGGGUUCGGUUUUUCUUGACGCUUGGAAAGCUGCUGGAACCCCGAAUGUUAAAGUAGGUGUGGUGGGAGCUGGUACAGCUAGCAUAUUUGAGGAAGUUGCACAGUCGUCAAAGCAAUACCUCGAUAUUGCGUUUGCGCCAUCAAAAGCGAUCGGUAAGGUUCUGGCUUCAGAGCUUCCAAAGCAUGGGAAUAAAAAAUCCACCGUCUUAUAUCCUGCUUCUGCAAAAGCUAGCAGUGAGAUCGAGGAAGGCCUUUCUAGGCGUGGAUUUGAGGUCACAAGACUUAAUACAUACAACACGGUACCUGUCCAUCUUGUGGAUGAGAUGGUUCUUGAACAAGCACUUUCUGCUCCUGUUGUUGCUGUAGCGUCACCUUCUGCCAUUCGGAAGUAUUGGCAUUGUGAAUGCAAGUGUAAUGGUUAGCCACCCACAUGACAAUGCUAAAUGUCACAUCAGAUACCUAGAUUGAGCUUUGGUUUCCAUGGUUGUCCUGUCUUCUAAAUGCUAUUGGAUCAGGGUGAUCAUUUUUUUUUCAUUGGGUACCUGGUGUACCAUUGGUGAAGUGUUAUCCCCCCCUCCCUUUUGUACUUUUUUAUUUUUAUUUUUAGUCUUUAUGUACCUAGUGAAUUCAUCUUUUCUGUUGCCACAGUGUCUGGGUUAAUCUUAUUUCGGAAUCAAAAUGCUGGGACAAUUCGGUUGCAUGUAUCGGUGAGACAACUGCUCUAGCUGCUCAAAGUUUGGGAUUAAGAAAUGUAUACUAUCCAACAAACCCUGGUCUUGAAGGGUGGGUUGAUAGUAUUAUUGAAGCCUUAAAAGUCCAUGAUCAAUUUCAGUAGGUUUAAGAGUUGUCUAUUGACACAGUCUUGUUUUUUCCCAGGUAAAGUGUAUGGUAGCCUGUUCUUAUCUUCUUUCGCCUAUUAUGAUAAAUACAUUUGAUCAUUUUUCUCUCUGCCAUCCCUGUACGUGGAAGGCUGACUAGGAGCUGACACUUGCAGGUUUUAAGCAGAGGGUAGAGUAUAUAAAUGUCUAUCCCCGUGUAAAUUUGUAGAAAUAAGGAUGAGAAGUCUGGAAACAUCAGGAUAUGAAGAUGUCAAGAUGUUUGUCAUUACGGAGUAAUGAUGUAUAUUUGGUGGGAGACAAAGAUGUCAAGAUGUUUGUCAUUGCGGAGUAAAUCAUGUACAUUUGGCAGAGCUUUCUGUGAGGUAAGCAAAGAGGAUAUUAAGAGAUGAUGCUUUGUAAAUUCAUGUUCUCAAAUUGUGUAUACAUCUUUCAUGCCAUAAAUGUCUCAUAUUUUGUACCAAAUUCUAAUAACAGUACAGAUUGUUUGACAAAGUACCCUUGAUGAAACAAUUGACUAGCACUAAGUGGAUAAAUUUUUACCUAGC